AUGCCCAGGAAAGCUCGCUUCAAGAAAGGCACAAGAGUAGAGCCACCACGUCAGCAGCCUCCAGCUGCACCUCCUGUGUCUUCACCAUCCGAUGACAAUAAUUGGCUCAUCCCUCCGCCCCCCAGUAAUGGUGGUGUUUCUGCAGCGGCUCUUCUGCAACUCUUUUGUCCACCUAGGAGCGAACCAAGACCUGAGCCACAAGCCACUAACAGUUCACAAGUGACGGAACCGUGCAAUGAAGACAUUGACCCGGAGGCGAACGAGGUAGAUUCGUUUGAGGAACACAUUGACAGGAUGUUUGCUGCUUCUGAUGCUGCAAAGCACAAACGACGAAAGACUACUGAGUUUUGGGAUGUUGAUCUCAUUGAUUCUGAAGGAAUAAUCAAGCAAGCUAAAAUGAGUGUGAGGGAGGCUAUGGAGCGGUCUCUUAAUGGUAGCAAGAUCAUCCUGAGGUUCAAUGAGGAACUGCAGGCAGUCGGAGAUGGAGCUGGCCUGUUAAGUGGCAUUCUAGGAGCGCUGGAUUCUGAUUAUAGCAAAUUUCCUAUCUGUGAAAAGAGUUGGGCAAAGGUGCGGGACAAAGACAGGGUUUAUGAUGAUUGUAUAAAGGUAAUGACGUUCGGCAAAUUUUUUAAUCAUAUCGAACCUUUAACUUGCAAUUACUUAUAG